GUCAUUUAGAAGGAAAAGAUUUUUGCACGGCAACGACAUCGCAUUUUCACUGGAAAAUCAAUCAGGAUAACUAUAUUUAAUCGUGGACAUUUUAACAGAUUGCAUUAUUUAUAGUGCGCAAGCAUUUAAUUCAACUGUGAAACAUUUGCAGUCAUAUUGUAAAUUGUAAUUUUUGUCAGCAAGUACCAAAUAAUAAACGAUUUUCUGUAAGUGUGUGUGUGUGAGCAACGAAAAAAAUGGCAGCGAGCGACAAGUCUGUCGAUGAUUCUCUUUAUCCCAUUGCGGUAUUAAUUGAUGAAUUGAAAAAUGAAGAUGUGCAGUUGCGCCUAAACUCCAUCAAAAAGCUAUCGACCAUUGCGCUAGCUUUAGGCGAGGAGCGCACACGGUCGGAGCUCAUACCGUUCCUAACUGAGACCAUAUAUGAUGAGGAUGAAGUGCUGCUAGCCUUGGCCGAUCAAUUGGGCAAUUUCACAAGUCUGGUGGGUGGACCGGAGUUUGCGAUGUACUUGCUGCCGCCGCUAGAGAGCUUGGCCACAGUCGAGGAGACCGUAGUGCGUGACAAGGCUGUCGAAUCUCUGCGCACAGUUGCUGCUGAGCAUAGUGCAUUGGAUUUGGAAAUACAUGUCGUGCCAACGCUGCAGCGUUUGGUCUCUGGCGAUUGGUUUACCUCGCGCACAUCUGCCUGUGGUCUGUUCUCAGUCUGCUAUCCACGCGUCACACAGCCGGUCAAGGCUGAGCUGCGCGCCAAUUUCCGUAAAUUGUGCCAGGAUGAAACGCCAAUGGUGCGACGCGCGGCAGCUAAUAAGCUCGGCGAGUUCGCCAAGGUGGUCGAGACAGAGUAUCUCAAGUCGGAUCUGAUACCCAACUUUGUGCAGCUGGCUCAGGAUGAUCAGGACUCUGUGCGUCUGCUGGCUGUGGAGGCGUGCGUUAGUAUAGCACAGUUGCUGCCACAGGAUGAUGUCGAGCAUUUGGUGCUGCCAACGCUGCGUCAGUGCGCCAGCGAUUCAUCAUGGCGUGUGCGCUAUAUGGUCGCCGAGAAGUUUGUUGAUCUGCAAAAGGCGGUUGGUCCUGAAAUCACACGCGUUGAUCUAGUGCCCGCUUUCCAAUACUUGCUUAAGGAUGCCGAGGCCGAGGUGCGCGCUGCUGUGGCGACCAAAGUCAAGGACUUCUGCGCCAAUCUGGACAAGGCAAAUCAAGUGUCGAUCAUACUCAGCUCGAUUCUGCCCUAUGUGCGUGAUUUGGUCUCCGAUCCCAAUCCACAUGUAAAAUCUGCGCUAGCAUCUGUCAUAAUGGGUCUUAGCCCAAUGCUGGGCGCAUACCAAACAGUUGAUCAGCUUCUGCCGCUGUUCCUAAUACAACUGAAGGAUGAGUGCCCUGAGGUGCGCUUGAACAUAAUCUCCAAUCUGGAUUGCGUCAAUGAUGUGAUUGGUAUCCAACAGUUAUCGCAGUCUUUGCUGCCUGCCAUUGUAGAGCUGGCUGAGGAUUCCAAGUGGCGUGUGCGUUUGGCUAUUAUUGAAUACAUGCCCGCUUUGGCUGGUCAGCUGGGCCAGGAGUUCUUUGAUCAGAAACUGCGCGGCCUUUGCAUGGGCUGGCUGAAUGAUCAUGUCUAUGCCAUACGCGAGGCUGCCACGCUCAACAUGAAGAAGCUGGUCGAACAAUUUGGCGCACCUUGGGCCGAACAGGCUAUUAUUCCCAUGAUCUUGGUCAUGUCACGCAACAAGAACUACUUGCACAGAAUGACCUGCCUAUUCUGUCUGAAUGUAUUGGCCGAGGUGUGCGGCACAGAUAUUACCACAAAACUAUUGCUGCCCACAGUCUUAUUGCUUGCCGCGGAUCCAGUUGCCAAUGUGCGCUUUAAUGUGGCCAAAACAUUGCAGAAAAUUUCACCAUUCUUGGAGGCAAGCGUUAUCGAUGCGCAAGUGAAGCCAACGUUAGAUAAACUAAAUGCUGAUACCGAUGUAGAUGUGAAACAUUUUGCGGCUCAAGCGAUUGCGGGCAUUGCAGCCGAACUGGAGAUAAGUGUGUUUAGAACUGCCGUGCCACCGUGCAUGGGCUUGAAAAUCGAGGCGGCUUUGAAUUCGAAGUUGGUGGUGGAACCACCGCCCAUGUCAGCGGCAGCAGAAUCUGGUGGUGUGCUACUUGAGCUAAAUGCCAAUGAGGGCAACGGCAACGGCAAUGGCAAUGGCAAUGCAACACUUAAGAACGGAAAUUCAUAGUUUGAGACGAGGAAGUUACGUAAAAAAUUGGACCCAACAGCAGAAAUAACCGAAAGAAGUCGUCCCCGAAGUCUAUCAACAUAUUUAACAUUUUUUGCAAACUGCAUCGCAUCAUCAUGCAAGCAAACAAGCAAGCAAGGAGAAUACUACUUACAACAUAAUUAUACAAAUAUAUAAUUUACCAUAUAAGCACAUAAAUUCAAUGUUAAACAACAAACAAAUACAAAACUCUUGUGUAGACUUUGAAAUAUGUAUUGGUUAAUCGCAUCUGAAUGCAAAAUAAAAAUUAUAGUAA